GUCUGUGUAUAAAAACAGCUGAUGCCUAUUCACGGCUAUCAGUUCACAGUUAACUAUUUAGACGUCCAUUACUCUACUACGUAAUUGUUAUUCAACACUCACCUAUUUACUAACGUUGCGAUAAAUCAGCAAUUGAUUUUGACAUUUUGAAAGAUUGCAUCAAAAUAAUGGCAACUGUCAGCUUCAAAGUUUAUCUGCAUCAUGAAGCAGAUGCUUCAUAUCAAGAAAUACGGCGCUUUGGUAUUGAUUCUGACGUAGUGACAAAUUACGUUUAUUUGCGUGAAAAAUUACAAAAUAUAUUUCCCAACAUUCGUGGUAAACGUUUCGAGAUAUUCUGGAAAGAUUCUGAUGGUGAUGACGUAGUGAUAUCAAGCGAUGAAGAAUUGCAGAUUGCCUUGAACGAGACAGGUUUGGAAUCAGUUCGUAAGCUCUACGUAAAAUUGCGCUCCGACUAUUCACCGGAGCCAGAAUCCGAGUCAUCGAGCAUCCUGCAUCCAGGAAUAUCCUGUGAUGGAUGUAACGGAGUAGUACGGGGCUACCGAUUCAAGUGCGUCCAAUGCCCGGACUACGAUCUCUGUUCAAAGUGUCAUGGCCAUGGAAUCCAUUCCGAUCACUGCAUGCUGCGCAUCGUCACUCCAGUUGACUGGAAGGCGCACCACGGAAGACGUUUGUCGCGUCACAUGAAUAAAUUCGUUCGCAAGAACUUCAUUCCGGUUGACGAGUGCGAAGAACCCGCAGGAAUUUGUGGAAAUACUGGCGAUUCAUCAAAGAAAUGCCCGCGGUCUCAACGACGUCGUCAUUGUCCGGUCUCGGAUGCAGCAUCUGCCGCGGCAUCUGCUGCCGCCUCUGCAGCUGCUGCUGCUGCGGUCACUGAUGCCGGUGGUUGGAUUGAUUCGCUCGCAGCUUAUCUCAAUGAUUGGGCAAAUAUUCCCGCAGAAUGUCCUAUGAAGAAACCGGGCUUUGACAAACCUGCUGAAGCUCAAGAAGCUAAAGAGCAGCCUAAGGAGAAACAACAAGAGCAACAACAGCAAUCUAAAUCUCAGGAUGCUAGAAAAGAUCCACACAUUGAGCUCUUUAAAUUAGUGGGACAAAAUUUGUCUCAAUUUUUGGACCCGCUUGGAAUUGACGUUAACUUUCAAAUAAAAACUAACGACGCUCCUGCUUCUACUUCUGGAGCUACUAAAACCAACGAGCAGCCUCAAGCUGCUGGACCUUCUGCUAAGAAUUCUGAGAAGUCUAAAACCUCGUCACCAACUCCAGCUACUCCUACUAAUUCAGCAACUCCAUCACGGCCUAAAACUCCUGAGCAAGUCAGUGCUGAAAAAAGCAGUGCCAGCAAAGGACCCUCGAGCUCAUCUAGCGAUAAUGAAAAUGAUCUGGACUGGACUGUCAUUAAAGAGGUCACUCCAGAGCCAAAAGAAAAAUCAGCACCGUCAGCUCCCCAAGAGUCUUCACUGUCAUCUUCAAAGUCUAUUUAUCCAGAGCUACCGAAGGCAAACCCUACUCCCGUUUUCUAUCACUCUGAUCCUAAAAUUCAGAAAGCUGUUGAAGCAAUGAUCCAGAUGGGAUUUUCAAACGAGAGCGGAUGGCUUACUAAUCUUUUGGUUACUAAGGAGGGUGACAUUGUCCGUGCUCUUGAUGCUUUGCAACGCCGCUAAUUAUGUUUGUAUUAGUGCCGCUGGUAAACACUUUAUUGCAUUCCUCUAAUUAUUCAUUUAUUUGUACGUGGUACUGCAAUAAAACAUGUAGUAAAUGAAAAAAA